AGUGCGAAGUCUCGCGAGAAGCAGCUAAGGAGCCGGCCUGUAACCUGCCGGGGCGGCUCUGGUAGGCGCAGCUGGUGGGGCGGCCGCCUCACAUCUAGCACCGGAGGGAUCCGGUUAAGUAGGCGGAGGAAGGGGAGCGUCGCUCGCUUUCGUAGCUUUUCUCCUCGACCCUCGGUGGACGUCUCAGGGGCCGGCAGGGCAGAGUAACCCAGUGCCCCGCCCCUUUCCUGUCAUCUUUGGGUCACCGCAGCGACAGCCUAAGAAGGCGCAUCACAAUAGGGCGGUUUAUCUGAGCAGGCUGGACCUCUGUGAGGGAGAAGGAAAUGGAACACCUACAUUUCUAACUGGGUUAUGGGUGCUACAUGUGUGCUUUCAGAGCAAUAGUGUGAGGAAACUUGAAGUGGGAUGGCAGGACGGCCUCAUCCCUAUGACAGUAACUCCAGUGAUCCAGAGAAUUGGGAUCGGAAAUUGCAUAGUAGACCUCGUAAACUUUAUAAACAUUCAAGCACUGCCUCACGUGUUGCAAAGGGAGGAGUUGACCACACCAAAAUGAGUCUGCACGGUGCUAGUGGGGGACAUGAGAGAUCAAGAGAUAGACGGAGGUCAAGUGACAGAUCACGAGAUUCAUCUCAUGAGAGAGCAGAGUCUCAGCUCACUCCUUGUAUUCGAAAUGUGACUUCACCAACAAGGCAGCAUCAUACUGAACGAGAAAAAGACCAUAGUUCUUCUCGUCCAAGCAGUCCUCGUCCUCAAAGAGCAUCCCCAAACGGCUCCAUGAGCAGUGCUGGGAACAGUAGCAGGAACAGCAGUCAGUCAAGCUCAGAUGGUAGCUGUAAGACAUCUGGAGAGAUGGUGUUUGUGUAUGAGAAUGCAAAAGAAGGGGCUCGGAAUGUGAGGACAUCUGAGCGAGUGACCCUGAUAGUGGAUAACACCAGAUUUGUCGUGGACCCGUCCAUUUUUACUGCACAGCCAAAUACAAUGUUGGGCAGGAUGUUUGGAUCUGGCCGGGAACAUAAUUUUACACGUCCCAAUGAGAAGGGAGAAUAUGAGGUGGCAGAGGGAAUUGGUUCUACUGUGUUUCGAGCUAUUUUGGAUUACUACAAGACAGGAAUCAUCCGCUGUCCUGAUGGCAUAUCUAUUCCUGAACUAAGAGAAGCAUGUGAUUACCUUUGUAUCUCUUUUGAGUACAGUACAAUUAAAUGUAGAGAUCUCAGUGCCCUUAUGCAUGAGUUAUCAAAUGAUGGUGCUCGUAGACAAUUUGAAUUUUAUUUGGAAGAAAUGAUCCUCCCUCUUAUGGUAGCAAGCGCCCAGAGUGGGGAACGAGAGUGCCAUAUCGUAGUGCUUACAGAUGAUGAUGUAGUUGAUUGGGAUGAGGAGUAUCCACCACAGAUGGGAGAGGAAUAUUCACAAAUUAUUUAUAGCACAAAAUUAUAUAGAUUUUUCAAGUACAUUGAAAACAGAGAUGUGGCCAAAUCAGUUUUGAAGGAAAGGGGCCUUAAGAAGAUUAGAUUGGGAAUAGAAGGCUAUCCUACUUAUAAAGAAAAAGUAAAGAAAAGGCCAGGGGGCCGUCCAGAAGUCAUUUACAAUUAUGUCCAAAGACCCUUCAUUCGAAUGUCCUGGGAGAAGGAGGAAGGAAAGAGUCGGCAUGUAGACUUUCAGUGUGUAAAGAGUAAAUCUAUUACCAACCUGGCAGCAGCUGCUGCAGACAUUCCCCAGGACCAACUGGUAGUCAUGCACCCCACUCCACAGGUGGAUGAGCUGGACAUCCUUCCCAGCCACCCCGCCUCGGGCAACAAUGACCUCGAUCCUGACGCACAGAAUCCAGUGCUGUGAUGCUGAUGUUCCUGAAACCAUAGCAUGCUACUCUUCACAGUGACGUCGUACUCCUCAUUCUGCACUGCAAGGCCACUUUUCUUCAUUGUGAGAUGCACAUGUUUAGGAUACUGCAGUGUAGGCUUUUUUAAAGACCAAAGGUAGCUGAAUGGUUUUUUAAUGAGUACAACUUUAGCAUCCUGGUUCCAGUUCUAUAAAUGUAUUUGUUUACCAGUAGGUUUGUGAAAUUGGUUCUUUGUAUGGGGAUAGUCCUUUUUCACAUAUCCAGGUCUUCUCAGAAGUGGUGGGAAUUUGGCAGCUGGGGUACUUUCAGUGUAGAUUGAUACUUAUGCCCCAGGUAAGAUGCAGAAUAUUACAGAGUUGCACUUUAUAGAUGGUGGUUAAAUGGAGCUGUUGAAGCCAUUUUAGAGCUGUGAUGCACAGUAUAGCAUAAGUGCUUCUAUCAGAGUAUUCCUCAGUACAGUAUGUAUAGUUGGCCCACAACAAGCAAAAACAUAUUUAUCUUGGGUUUAUUUAAACAAUUAGGAUGAAAUUUGAUGCUUAUAGUGUUGGUUCACUCAUUUCCAGAGCCCUGCAGCCCUUUUAGAGUGAGUCACAUGCAGGGAGGGUGAACAUCAAGAGGUGGUUUACUGUCCAGUCUGCCUUAUCCUUAAUCUGUUCAUAUAUUUAUUUACUAAUGCUUUUUUUCUUAAGAGUUAUGGGAUAGGAAAACGAACUGUUUGCUCAUUUACUAAAUGAUUGUAAACUCGAGUUUUUCAUCAAAAUAAAAUUUCAUUGUUUUAAUGUUUCUGACCAA